AAACCGGAAAUCAAUACGAACAACAGUGGAGCUUCUGUGGCUUUUCUUGACUCUUCGCUACAGUUUUAUUGACAAGCGAGCAGCAUGGCCACGGACUGGUUUGAGAGCGUCGUGUCGAUAAACUGCGGCCUGACGUUAGGAGUUUAUCAGGGAUCCGUUUCCUCCGUGGAUCACAGAAACCAGACCAUCUCUCUGAAGCUUCCCUUUCACAACGGGGUCAGGUGUUCCCUCCCAGAGGUCACCUUCAGUGCCAGGGAUAUAAAGGAGCUGAAGAUCCUGGACUUCCAGAGAACCGUCUCAGAACCCAGUUCUGAUCCGGGUUCUGCAGCAGAACCCAGCCUCGUCCCUGCAGAACGUCAGGGACAGCCUCUUCAUCAUCAGGGGACUAACAGCACGGCUCCCAUCACCAUCCUACGCAGAGAGGUGGGCGGGGGCGGACUGGGACUACAAAUCAGCCCGGGAUCUCGCUAUUAA